AAAUCACAGGCGAACGCUUAAGAAAUCGUAAAAGAUCUUUUAACCGUCAGUCUAAGGUGAGCGCUCGACUAGUUCGGUUCGUGUAUUGUAAAGCAAACGCUCGCUAUUGCCAUUCGCUGAUCGCUGCUGUCGUUCCUUACGCUUUUCAAACGGAAUUCCGCUUAAUAUUUUAACCAUUAACCCAAACCUUGGCUCAAAAGAGAAACGUUACAUGCAUAAAAAUAAACAUAUAAUUAAGAAUUCAAAAAGUCACACACACAUAUUCGUACAUAUGAUUUAAGUGAUCGAUAAGUGAAAAGUGAAUUGAGAUUUCUUUUUAUGUAAAUGUGCACAUUUUUUGAAUUGUUUAUAUUUAUAAUAUAAAGGCAAUUUGAGAAAAGCAUUCGUGGAGAGCGGCCCCUUUGGUUGUGACGUUGUGUUCUGUCUUCUUGGAAAUAACUAUCUGCUGUACAACAAAUACGCGCAUUACCCAAAAUGGCAUACCGGUGCUUUUGGAGAAGCAUAACCAAUAUGAAGUUGGCUAUUGUUAUAAUUGCACUAAGCAUGCAGGUUGCGAGUGCGGCACUUUGGUCAAAUUACGAUACUGAAAAGGCGGAGAAAUGUAGUGGCGGAGCGGGGUUGAAAUAUUUGUCCGGCAAUGCGCUAAUUGAUUCUCCCAAUUGUAUGGGGCCGAACAACUCGCCCUAUCCAAGUGCGGCUGUGGCACGAACUUUCUCGAACUGGAACGGUAACUCCAGGCGUGGGCGUCAAAGUAAAUUCCCCUCAACGCUAGAUCCUGCGAUAACAACGAAUGCUCUAUUACGUGCCUAUGACGAAGUCAAUAAUGAUAUUCCUACAAGCAAUCGUUAUGGUCGGUCUUUGUCAAAUGCACCUGUCAGUCAAUGUAGAGAAACGCCAUCUCGUCUGUGCAAAACACGCUACAAUACGACGGCGCCAAUGUACGGAGUCAGUUUGACAUCUGGACAGCCGGUUACCAUUGUUCAAAAGUUCCCUGAUCUGUUACAACAAGUCGUAUUUGAAGUUUGCGAAUCGGGUGAAUGUGACGUUGUACGUGGUGAAUGCACUCAGACAUAUGUGCCGUAUCUAUUUCUUGUAAUUCCGUUGGGCCCAGUCACACUAACUGGUCAGGACUACGUAUUGGUUGAGAGCGGUUGUGUAUGCAAACCCAAAUAUUCUACGGGGGCCACGCAGGAGCCAAAUAUGAUACCUUAGUUUAUUUCCGGAACCAAAUAAAGUUUAAUUUGUUAAUAUCUGAUAUACUGCUACACAACAACAUAUUAACUAAACUGUUUAAAAUGGACAUUUGUACGCAUAAAUGAUGUAACUUUUCGCUGUAUUAUAUUUGCUACGAAUGCCCAUUUUUACUCUAAAUAGGCUCGAUUCAACAAGUUUUCUCUGUUGAAUUUACAGUUAUUAAUAUACAAACAUAUUUAGUUGUAAAAUAUUUAUUAUUAUAAAUAUACAUAUUUAUGAUUUCACAUUGAGAUAAAUAUGCGUAAAUAUAUUUCCCUAGAAUAGUUGUAUGUUGAUUUCAAAUAAUUUAAUUGAACAGCAAAUUACUUGAAUAUUUAGGUUAAAGGGGCUUAAAUUAAUAUUUGCAAUAUUAUUGUUCAUAAAAACAGUUAAAAACAAAAAUUAUGUAAGUGGUUAAAGAAAAUAUAUGAGUGUCGYCAUGCUAAUAACUAAAGCAAUACAAUUAUUUUUCGACAUACAAGUUUUUCUUUCAAAAUAUUCUAUUUAAAAUAUCGUAU